AUGGAUGUUCCAAGCUCCUCGCCCCACGGUAGCGACCUUGAUCUAGCGGAGCUGUCCAUCCAGAAGAGAGGAAAGGGAGGGAGGACCAUGAGCAGCGAGUCCAUGCUCCCUUAUUACACGGCAGCCAGCGGGCGCGCUGUGGGCAUGUUCAACACCUCCAUGGGGGAGCUGCAGAAGCAGCUAUACAGGGGAGAGUACGAUGCCUUCAAGUACGCCCCCAUGUUCGAGAGCGACUUCAUUCAGAUCAGCAAAAGAGGAGAAGUUAUUGACGUACAUAACCGCGUGCGCAUGGUGACUGUGGGCAUUGCAUCCACCAGCCCGAUCCUCCCUUUGCCCAAUGUCAUGCUGCUAGCCCGGCCUGUAGCAUACAUUGAGGAUCAGCCCCAUCCAGAGUCCAGCUCCAAGAGCAAGACACGCCACCCUCGCCCUUCAAAGACCCUGGAGUUGACCAGGCUAUUGCCCUUAAAGUUUGUGAAGAUUUCUGUCCACGACCGUGAAAAGCAGCAGCUUCGGCUGAAACUGGCCAGCGGGCGCUCAUUCUACCUCCAGCUCUGCCCACCCUCCGAUGCCCGGGAGGACCUCUUCUCCUACUGGGAGAAGCUCAUCUACCUCCUGCGGCCACCUGUCGAGGGCUACAGUAGCACCCAUGCCAUCCCUGCUGGGGAUGGGGUUGAAGUGCCGGUUUUCAUGGCCGAAGAUAAAUCUCCUUCACAGGAGCCAAUUCUACACAGUGAAGGGGAGCAGGAUAAAGUGAGUAUCAAGAGUCUUCACAUGGUUCCUGACAUCCCUAGCCAGGAUAAGAUGGCAGCAGGAAAGCCAGAGAUGAUCAUGACAGCUGAAGCCGGGGAGGGCUUCCCAAGCCCAGGAAGCCCCGAGAAGGACCUGGUGACCCAUCACUACACCAUCCAAGGGGUGCCCAGUGUGUCCCCCCCCAGUACACCAUCUGUUCCAAGUAUUGCAGUGGCAGCUGCUGCCAGCAGGGGUCCUGCCAGCAAGGCCACAGCUGGGGCCGCCCCAGGUGUGGGGGCAGUCACUGCAGGCAGUCAGGGGCCUGGCAUGAGCAUAGCCCUGGCUGGGACCACACCUGGCCAGGUGACAGAGACCAUGUCUGCUGGCAGUGUGAGUCUUGUGUUGGCUGGGGCAGUCAGCUUGUCCCCAGACUCAGUGAGUGUGGCCUCGGUGGGUGCCGGCAGCCUGCCCCCCUCGGGCCAUGUGAGCGCAGUCUCUACUGGGGCUGGGAGCAUAGCCAUAGCAGGCACAGGAGUUAUCUCCCCACUCGGGCCCGAGUCCCCCCUUGUGUCGACCUUGCAGAGUGAGGGCUACAUGAGUGAGCGAGAUGGAAGCCAGAGGGUGGUCACAGCCAGCCCAGGGGCAUCCAAGGAAAGACCAUCGAGCAGGAGGCACUCCAAGCACCGAGAGGGCCGAGCCCACAAAGGGGGUGACCAGAGGAGGUCAUCCCGGCGGGCCGUGACUUCCAAGGAGCCUCAGAAAUCCAGCCACCGGGCCCGGGGAAGCCGUCGUAGCCCAUCUUCCCGCAAAGCCACCAGCCGCAGCCCAUCCGCAAAAGAUUCCAGGACCUCUCGGAAAGCAGGGAAGAAAAAGAGUUCAGCUAGCACACCUCCUGCUGCCCCGACUAAAAAACCCAGCCGUAUCGCCUCCUUCUUGCGUAGCCUCUCCCGCUCUAGCAGCAAAAGCACGUCUGUCCUCACCAACGUGGGGGACACAGCUGAGGCCUCUAAGGGCUCAGCCACUGAGAUAAACAUGAGCACCAUCCUGGAGAAUGUGGAAAUGGAGACCAUCACACAGGUGCUUUCACCAGCAGAGGAGGAAGAGGAGGAGGAGGAGGAGGAGGAGGAGGGGCUGGUUAGCCUGCUGGUGGACUCAGUGGGAGACUCCCAAGGGCCUGGACCAACCCUUCUCCCCUCCCCCGAGUCCCGGCUUUAGCCGAGCCACCCAGCCAAGGCCACAGAGAAAAGCCGGCAGGCUCGGAUAUUAAAGAAUCGUGUUUGGCCCCAUGACUGGCUGAUUCUCCAUCCUUUAAGCCCUGGACAGAAUCUUCUCCUCUGUUCUUUUGCCUUCUUCCUCUUCCUCCUCCUCCCCCUCCCCCUCCUCAUCUU